AUGGCUUAUAAACUGGCGCCGCUCCUAAAAGAACCAGUCCUGUUUCAAAUUUCUGCAAUGUUGAGUAGUUUUUAUUUUGUAGCGCUCAUUUUCUCAAUGAUGCCAGAUGCAGGCGUGCGGGCGAAAUGUUUUGAAGUGUUUGAAAUGGAAAGUAGGUCAUAUUGCACGUGUGCGGAACCUUUCAAGAGCACGAUGAUUUCUGCGGUGGCAUCGUACAGGCAAGCACUGCUGUUAUGCUCGAUGAGAUGUUCACAAUUAGGCAACUGCAUGGCUUUCAACUUUUGGGACAGCAGUAACUUUUGUCAACUAUUCAACCAAACUACGAAAUCUUUAUCCAUGAUAUCAAAUUGUAAGCAUUAUUUGAACGCAGAAGUCCACGAAUCCCGGUUGUCAUAUAACAAGACACUGAACAUAACAGUGGACAACGAGUUGAUUGAGUUUUACGUGAAUGGAGUUUCAGUGCCCACCAGAUUGUACUUUCCAAACGCGGAUGAUUGGUCGAAAGCUGACACGUACAACAUUCAGGGAUAUAUCCACGUUCUGGCCAUCAAAUCGUUGAACUCCGGAGGAACAGAAAAUAUUACAGGAACAGAAAGUGAUGCAGGCUAA